UUAAUGAUGAAUCUGAUGACGAAGAAAAUGGGGAAAAGCUACAUACAAUCCCAAAGGUUCCAAAUUUCGUGGAAGAAAUUGUUCCUCGAUUUCAAUCAUAUUAUUUCAAGCAAAACUUUCGAUUGCUGCCUGCUACAUUUGACAAGUUAUUGGGGUACUUACAUCGAGUAAGAUUAUCAGAACACAAACGCAUUGAUGGUCAUCCUGAACUAAAUUUAGAUAAACAAUUACUAAUUACCAUUUGGUACUUAGCGAAUAUGGAAAGCUUCAGGUCAGUGGCUUCAAGAUUCAAUGUAAGUAAAUCGACAUGUUGGGAUGUCCUGCAAAGAACUGCACAUAGAUUAUUAGAGGUGAAUAGAUUGUAUGGUAUUAUACGAUGGCCUUAUGAAAAUGAAGCUCUAGAAACGAUGAGAACUUUCCAAAGAAGAAGCUCUAUACCAGGUAUCAUUGGUUGUAUUGAUGGAUGCCAUGUGAAAAUAAUAGCUCCAAAAGACCAUCCCAAUUCAUACGUCAAUCGUAAAAAAUUCCACUCCGUUUUACUACAAGGCGUUUGUAAUGAAAAAAAAUUAUUCAUCGACAUAUAUGCAGGGGAGCCGGGGUCACUUCAUGACUACAAUCUAUUUCUGAAGUCAGAUUUGGCUGAACUUAUCAGAACGCAAUCAGUGACCUUUUACAAUAAUGGUCAUUUAAUAGGUGACCUUGUCUAUAAAUUAUCAACCAAUAUGCUAAUCGGUUUUAAAAAUUGUGGUAAUAUAAACAGACGAGAAAUAAAUUUUAAUAAGAAAUUAAACAGUUGCAGAGUGGAAAUCGAAAAUGCAUUUGUAUUACUUAAAGGCCGCUUUAGAAGGUUGAAAUUUAUAGAAACCGUAAGGUUAGAUUUUAUUUCAUUAUUUAUUGUCACUGCAGCAAUUUUGCACAAUGUAUGUCUUUUAAGUAAUGACCUACCUGACGAUAUAAUUGACCUUAAUGAAGAAAUUAGGGAAGUACAGAGGAAUGAUGUAAAUGAAAUAGGUGCUAAUGAAGGUGUAGACAAUAAUGCGGAGCAAAAACGAAGAAACAUUUUAUUAAAUUUGCCUUUAGAUGAAUAAAAAUAUUGUAUGCUGUUGUACUGUUUAUUCUUUUUUCACCAAAUAAAGUAUGUUAAGUUAUUUAAAAAAAAAAACUAAAAUUAACCCUUACUAUAAAAAAAUGAAAAACGUACAAUUCAAAACAUUUGGUUACAUUUUAAUUUUCUUUAUCACCAACACAAUUGUUGCAGUGAUUUGCG